AACAGGGUCUCGGUUGCCACUGUGGACAACGUGCUAUCCUUUUUUUCGCCUCAGUUUCUGCCUCUUGAAGCGGCUGGACUUUGAGGAGCUUGAAAAGGCAGCCCCCAGGGAGUUAACCCCUUAUUCUGGGAGGCUAGAACAGCCCUAACGGAGGCAGGGUCCCUCUGUCCAGCGGUAAGGAUGGUGUUACUACCCAGCUGGACCCUGGCGAGCGGGGUGCUGUGAGCAGGGAGUGGCUUCCAGGAUGAGAGGUGGUGCCCCCUAGGGGCCUGCGGGUGACUCCCAGGUCCCCACUCCUGGGCAGGAGGACUGUCCACGUCUGAGGCACGUUUGGUGCCCUCUACGUCCUUGGCCAGAACAUCUGCAGCUCCUUCCACGGGACUGGGAGCCAGGCCUCGGGGCAGACAAGCCAUGGACCCCCCACAGCCUCAGCAUGUGGGGGCAGCACCGUAGCACAGAGGGGCAGCUUCCUUCCACCCCCUCCCACCAAGAAGGAGGGAGCUGAGAAGUGAACCCUCCACCUAGCCUAGCGCUCUCCCCAGGCCCCGGUGAGCAUGGACCAGCAGCUGUGAACAGCCAGAGCCGAUGCCGGGCCCCCAGGGGGCCGGAGGAGCCCCGGCCAUGAACCUGGGCAAGCUCUCGCCCGUGGGCUGGGUGUCCAGCUCACAGGGGAAGAAGCGGCUGACUGCGGACAUGAUCAGCCCCCCGCUUGGGGAUUUCCGCCACACCAUGCACGUGGGCCGCGGUGGGGAUGUCUUCGGUGACACCUCCUUCCUCAGCAACCAUGGUGGCGGCUCAGGGAGCACCCACCGCUCGCCCCGGGGCUUCCUGGCCAAGAAGCUGCAGCUGGUGCGGAGAGUGGGGGCCCCGCCCCGGAGGAUGGCUUCUCCGCCCGCACCCUCACCUGCUCCACCAGCCAUCUCCCCCAUCAUCAAGAAUGCCAUCUCCCUGCCUCAGCUCAACCAGGCGGCCUACGACAGCCUCGUGGUGGGCAAGCUCAGCUUUGACCGCAGCCCUGCCAGCUCCACAGAUGGCCACUCCGCUUACGGCCUGGACUCCGGGUUCUGCACCAUUUCCCGCCUGCCUCGCCCAGAAAAGCCUCGUGACCGAGACCGUGAUAGCUCCUUCCCCGCUGAGCCUGAGCUUCGCCGCUCUGACUCCCUCCUGUCCUUCCGCCUGGACCUUGACCUUGGGCCCUCUCUCCUCACUGAGCUCUUGGGGGCCAUGAGCCUCUCAGAAGGCUCUGCAGCUGAGACCCCCGCCCCGGCUCCUGCUGCAAGUCCCCCAGCCUCUGUUGCAACCCCCCCGGCCCCUGCCUCAAGCCCCUCACCUCGUGGACGCUGCCCCAAUGGGGUAACCACCAGGUUGGGCCCAGUGGCCGAGGCGAGGGCCAGUGCGGUGGGAGAGGGCCCCCGUGCGCCUGCUGACGAGGGCCCCAGCAGGCACUGGGGAGCUGUCUCGGGUGGCAGCCAAAGCCGCCGCCUCUACACUGAGGUGGAUGCUCGGGGUGAGGGGUUGGGGGCGCUGUCCCAGGCUCGGGCCUCCUGGGGGAGCCUGGAUGAAGAGUGCGGGGCAUCCCAGGCAGGCAGCAGGACCCCCGUGCCCAGCACAGUGCAGGCCAACACCUUCGAGUUUGCUGAUGCUGAGGAGGACGACGAGGUCAAGGUGUGAUCGGCUGGGCACAGGCUGAGAACCCCGGUCAGCCUCCGGGCACUGCCUGCGAGGAGCCCAGAUGCAGCCCCAGCCCCUGGCAGCUGGGUCUUGCCAGUGACAGACGGGAGAACCCAAGUUGUCCCCAGGCCCUUGCACACCUCUGCUGGACAGACAUGGGAGGGAGGCCAGGGGAGACCAGGCUUGUUCCAGGACCCAGGUGUUCCCCUGGGCCUGCUCGGCCACCCCGCCUCCCUCCACUGCCACUCCGGACCUCCGGACACAGUAGCUAUUCCCUGGGCUCACCCUCCACCCCAGGCCCCCAACCCGCUGGAGGGCCCAGCCUCACAGUGCAGCCUUUGUGUUGGGAAAGCUGCCCUUGCUGGGUGGGGGUGGGGAGCCUACCACAUAGAGCCUUUGUCUCCUCUCCUGAAGAGACCCUCGGCCCCAGCUCAUCCUGGAGUUGCCCCCAGCAGGGUCCCUCCUGCCUGUCUGAGAGCCCCCACAGCUGCCUCCCCAACAUUCCCACCACCAGCCCCAUGUCCCAGAAGCCUCAGAAAAGUCAGGUGUGACCUCACUGAGAAGGGGGAGGGUCCCACCUUCCCGUGCACCCCAGACCUGCCUCUGGGUCCUGAUUAA